UUCAACAGAGCAUUUCCACAACCUGACGGAGGAGGAGGAAGUGGCAGGCGGUGACGCAGGCAGGUUGGUUGGGCGCCCCGGGCAGGCAAGCCACGCGGGAGGACGCAGAGAACCAGGAAAACCCUGCGAGAUUUGGCGACACACUCCUCGGUGCAUCGCGGUGCUGGAAACAUGGGCUUGGAUAAGAAUGGCAUUAACAGGUGCGUGAGUGCCUGCCUGGCCGCCCUGGUGGCCGUAAUCGGGGUGCUGGUGAUCCUGCAGCUGUCUGCCCUCGUCCUUGGGCCCCCCAAGCAGCGUGUGCACCAAGCAAGUGUGCUUGGCCAAAUUCCUGGAGGGGCCGCCCGCCUUCAACAACAAAGCAAUGGCUAACUACCUGCAGUCCAACUACUUCUCGCCUCCUGCCUCCGCUGAGUACCGCCUCUCGGGACAUGAUGGCAUGAACCCGGCCGUUAAGGAACUGGUAGCGUUUAUCAAGACUUACUUCAAAGACAAGAGGGGCGGGGUGUUCCUGGAGCUGGGGGCUGGUGACGGCGAGUACCACUCCAUCACUCUGCCCCUCGAGCGGGACUUGGGCUGGUCUGGCCUCCUGGUGGAACCUAAUCCAAAUCUUUACAAGAAAUUGCUGAAGAAGGCGCGCAAGGCAUCAGCUGCUCGACUAUGUGUGUCACCUUACUCCUAUCCCGCCAAGCUGAAUAUGGCCUAUCCGAAGGUGAAGGAGGACGCCAGCGAGGAGGAGGAGUUGGCUGAGAUGGGCAAGACCAAACUAGAGGCACUGUGGGACAAGGUGAGGUGGACGACUGGCGUAAGUUAACACAUGAUUAUGAGAUUAAGAAUGUUUUGUGAGGGGGGGGGGGGCA